GGUGCCCGGGAUGCCGGUAGCGUGACCCGCAGCCUUGGCGCGGCGGGGCGGCCCCCGCGGCCCCGGGGCCAUGUACCAGGGCUUCCCCGGGGACUACGACUCGGGCUCCCGGUGCAGCUCCUCCCCCUCGGCCGAGUCCCAGUACCUCUCCUCGGUCGAUUCCUUCGGCAGCCCCGCGGCGGCGGCGGCGGCGGCGGCGGCGGCUCAGGAGUGCGGCGCACUGGGGGACAUGCCCGGCUCCUUUGUGCCCACGGUGACGGCCAUCACCACCAGCCAGGACCUGCAGUGGCUGGUGCAACCCACCCUCAUCUCCUCGGUGGCCCAGUCACAGCCCCCCGGGGCUCCCAUGGCGCAUCCCCCCCCCCUCGAUCCCUAUGACCUGCCAGGACCCAGCUACUCCACGCCAGGCAUGGGCAGCUUCAGCGCAGCACCGGCACCACCGGCACGGCCCAGCCGCGUGCGGCCCCGGCGCAGCCGCGAGGAGACGUUGACGCCAGAGGAGGAGGAGAAGCGCCGGGUGCGCCGGGAGAGGAACAAGUUGGCGGCAGCCAAGUGCCGGAACCGGCGCCGGGAGCUGACAGAUCGGCUGCAGGCGGAGACGGACCAGCUGGAGGAGGAGAAGGCGGAGCUGGAGUCGGAGAUCGCGGAGCUGCGCAAGGAGAAGGAGCGGCUGGAGCUGGUGCUGGCCGCGCACGCUCCCGCCUGCAAGCUGCCCUUCGGGGCCGCCGAGGUGAGCGCCCCCCGCAAGGAGGAGCCGGCGCCCGGCGCCCGGGGGGGCCCCUUCCCCGCCUGCUGCUGCUUCGCGCCGCCCCCGCCGCUUAACCCCAACCCCGCGUCUCCGUUUGUGUUCACCCACCCAGAGGGAGCCUCCUGCGGAGCCUCGCAUCAGCGGAGCAGCGGCAGCGACCAAUCCUCGGACUCCCUGAGCUCCCCCUCGCUCCUCGCGUUGUGA